AUGGAGAAGUUUGUCAAAGAAAGUAUGAACAUCAAGGAUGUCCCGGAAAUCAUGAAGAUCAGUAGUUUCAUAAACGGGCUGAAGCAUGCACAGUUGUGUGAAAAGCUGGGAGAGGAAUUUCCACCUUCCUUCAACAAUCUUAUGGACAGGGUCAGGGCCUUCGUCCGGGGAAAAGAUACGGUCAGCAAAGCUAAGGAAACGGAUGCCACACCCUGGAGAGUCGCUCCAGCUGCAAGACCCCCUGAGAAAGGUACACCCUAUUCCCGAAAACUCACCUUUGAUAGAAUGUUGCAUGACAGGGCCAGACCCUCAUACUCCCCCUACAGACCCCGAGGGAGAGGCCCUCCUCCUUACUCCGACAGUUUCACCCCUCUCGUUAAGACUCCAAGCGAGAUACUGGCCACGGAGAGGGUGAAGAAUUCUUUCCCAAGGCCACCCCCCAUAAAGCCAGGACCCAAAGCACAACCGAACGAAUACUGUGAGUUUCAUAGGGGCUUGGGGCACAAAACUGAUGACUGCAUGUACCUCAAGAGAGAAAUAGAGGCUGUGGUGAAAACGGGAAGACUGGCCCAUUUGGUCAAGGAAAUCAAGGAAGGGGGAGGGGAUCGUCAGGGAAGAGAUGCAAGGGAGCCUGGGAGGGCAGAUGUUGAUAUGAUUAGGAGGAGAAAUGAGUUUGACGUUACUCGAAGUGUAAAGGCCAGGAUCCUAGGCCCCCCGAACUGCAUGAAAACUCCCAUCCUUAUGCCAUACUUAGAAGAAAGUGAAGUGCAACGACUCCCGCUGAAUAUCUCAGCUGUGAUAGCUGGACACAAGGUGUCUAGAAUACAUGUGGACGGAGGGUCUGGCGUCAAGGUAAUAUACGAACACUGCUUCCUCAGAUUCGACAGGGAUAUAAGAGAUAGGCUGGAGGAAGACUCUAUCCCAUUGGUGGGAUUCAACAACAGCGUGUCACAUCCCCUGGGAAAGAUCAAGCUCCCAUUUACAGUUGGUGUAGGGGAUCAGGUUUGGACGAUAAAUUUAACCUUCACAGUAGUCAGGGCACCCUCCAAGUACAACGCAGUCUUGGGAAGACCUGGGAUUGGAGAUUUGCAGGCACAAGCAUCUACUCCCCACGGGGCUUUGGUAUUCCAAACGCCAAAGGGUCUUGCAUGGGUUAAGUCAGCCUACGAAGUGGUUUCUUCAGUAUCCAAAGGGGAGGAACCAGAGAAAUCCCAAAGAAAGAAGGUGGAAGAAUGGGUCCUCUGUGAUAAGUUCCCAGAGCAGACAGUCAAGGUGGGAGCCACUUAA